UGUGUGCAGAGGGUCCCUGGUCCGAGCCCGGGUAGGGGCUAGGGUGACGGACGAAAGUAAUACUGUUGUAUAUGUAUGUAUGUAUAUAUGUAUAUAUAAAAAAAUAUCUGUCCGUGUGUGUAGUCUGCACAUUUCAGAUUUGUUAUCCAUCUCAGUCACACCAAACUCAGUGCUCCUGAUGCCUGGCCGUCGCUAUGGGAACGCACUGACUGGCAAAGCAAACUUUGGACAACAUUGGUUACUCUGACUGACCUGUUAGCUACAGUAGCUAGAUACUUUUACCCCAAAACAAUGAAAUACCUAACGUAGAGAAAUACAUUUCGUUUCCUGGACAAAAUGACUUGGAGAAAUAUCGACCCUUUGUCACUUGAUGAGACCAUUGAUGAAGGGAAAGAGGAGAAGGAUGUGGAGAAGAGAAGAGCCUCGGUGUGGGAACAUCAGGAGCUAGCCCAGAUUCCUAUCAAGGUGCUGAGGGGUCACACAGAUGCUGUCACCAGCUGCCACUUCUGCUUUGAUGACACCAAAGUCCUGACCAGUUCCCACGACAAGACGGCCACUCUGUGGGACACGGAGAGUGGCGCCGCGCUGUUGGUGUUUGAGAGAGGACAUCUGUCCAACAUCUCUGAGUGUGCCUUGAUCCCUGACAAGAAGAGGCUGAUUACUGCGUCAUGGGACAAGACCCUAAAUGCAUGGGACCUGGAGACUGGCAAGAUCAUUUGGACUGCAGCUCAGGCUGGUCUCCUGACCUCAUGUAGCGUCUCAGAGGAUGGGAAGUACGUAGUCUCCUCCUCCGACCUGGAGAAUGCAAUCUGCCUGACCUCAGCUGAUACAGGGGAGAGGCUCUUCCACAUCAAAGAUCACCACAAGUCUACGAUCACGCGGUGCCGGUUUGAUCCUCAGAGUCAGCACGUAGCCAGUGUCUCUGAAGACAGAACCAUCAAACUGUGGGACCUGGUCUCCACCCAAACCACCCUCUCCAUCAACAGCACCCACACCAACGUCAUCUCGAACUGCUGUUUCACUGCUAACGGACGCUACUUGUGCACUGCAUCAUGGGACAAGACUCUGCAGCUGUGGGACGUCCAGACAGGAACAUUCCGUUCCCACGGUGGCCUGACCCUUAGCAAGGGACACGACGGGUCCGUCAGCUCCUGCACCUUCUCUGUGGACGGGUCAGUCCUUGUGUCGGGGGCAUAUGAUAGAACAGUGGCUGUGUGGAACAUGGAGACCCUCUGCAAGACCCUGGAGUUGAAGGGACAUGCGGAUUGGGUGACAGAUGUGGCAAUCAGUGCUGACAAAAAAUGGGUGGCCUCAGCUUCCAAGGACACCACUGUCAGGUUGUGGAAUAUAGAACACUCUGAAGAGAUACCGGCCGUUAUUGAGACCAGGAAGGCUCAGGGAAUGGGCUAUCAUAUCCUCCAGUGUGAGGAGUGUGGAAAGGCUUUCUCCAUUUCUCGACUGGAGAACUCCGACUUGGUCACAAAGUGUGUGUUCUGCCGAUUGAAGACGGAAACCAGAUCCUGUCUUCAACCUCCUCCUCUGUUGUCUAGUGUUCUGCCGAUUGAAGACGGAAACCAGAUCCCAUCUUCAACCUCCUCCUCUGUUGUCUAGUGUUCUGCCGAUUGAAGACAGAAACCAGAUCCCAUCUUCAACCUCCUCCUCCUGUUGUCUAGUGUUCUGCCGAUUGAAGACAGAAACCAGAUCCCAUCUUCAACCUCCUCCUCCUGUUGUCUAGUGUUCUGCCGAUUGAAGACAGAAACCAGAUCCCAUCUUCAACCUCCUCCUCCUGUUGUCUAGUGUUCUGCCGAUUGAAGACGGAAACCAGAUCCCAUCUUCAACCUCCUCCUCUGUUGUCUAGUGUUCUGCCGAUUGAAGACGGAAACCAGAUCCCAUCUUCAACCUCCUCCUCUGUUGUCUAGUGUUCUGCCGAUUGAAGACGGAAACCAGAUCCCAUCUUUAACCUCCUCCUCUGUUGUCUAGUGUUCUGCCGAUUGAAGACAGAAACCAGAUCCCAUCUUCAACCUCCUCCUCUGUUGUCUAGUGUUCAGAACAGAGAUUACUAACCUUCUAGACAUCAGAACAGAGAUCACUAACCUUCUAGACAUCAGAACAGCGAUCACUAACCUUCUAGACAU